AUGGAUGCAGCCGAAGAUCGAGAUAUAAAACUGCAGCGAGCCUCCAGUGAUCUCGUGGCAGAGUUCUCGGCAAAGCUGCCGUCGCUGCUUUGGAAAUCCAGAUCCCAGAGUGGAACCUCCGCCUCUCCGCGCAGAUGGACUCAAGUCGCCAAGACGGAGAAGCUGGUUGGCCUUCUUGAGCCUUUCCAGGAGUGGCCCCAGCUCUUAGAUCCGCAUCUACAGAAGCUGCUGCCCCCUCUAGUGGAUGCGUUUCUGGCAUAUCUGAUCAAGAGCCGCGAUCAAUAUGGUCCGUGUGUUACCAAGUCCCAGAAUGGUGAAUCCCUAUACCCGCUCCCAAGGGCUAUCUGCAGGCUUCUCUACACUUUCUGCAAAGUCCGCGGUGUCAAGGUGGUCAGCCGAUUCCUCAACAAUGAGCCGAAGUACCUUGGCGUUAUGCUGCGGGCUUUUAUCGAGUGGGAUAAAACCAUUCAACUUGGUUCCGAGGCCGAUGCAGAUGCAGAUCCCAUAGAUUCGCAACUUCAGGGUCUGGUCUGGGAAGAGCGGUACGUGAUGCUGGUCUGGCUCUCACAUCUCCUGCUCGCUCCCUUUGACCUGUCUUCAUUGUCAUCGGACGAUAUUCCCGUGCCUUAUGAAAAUCUCAGCCAGCUCACUUGGCUACCUUUCAAUACUCCAAUGAUUGCAAGAUCGCUCCUCUCGUUGUCGUUGCACUAUCUCAGUGUUUCUGGUAAGGAGCGCGAGGCAGCCACAGCACUCUUGGCUCGACUUGUUCUUCGGGGCGAUAUGCAAAACCUCGGGCUUCUUACUGGUAUGACAAAUUGGGCAUUCGACACCUUUAAUCCUGCAAAAGAUGUGGAAGAACCACCUUCGGUCUAUGCGUGCAUUGGGGUGCUAUCGUUCAUUGCCCGUUUGGGAGCGUCGGGUCAGAUCGAUGAUUUUGUCCCUUUGGUGAUCCCUGUCUUUGAGAAAACACUGCGAGUAUUUCAAAAGCAUACACUCGUUUCUCACGCCAUAAAGUCCUCAGCGUUGGCGCGAAAGACCGUGGUCAAGAUCCUCCGCAACAUUACAGUCAUGGCCUUGUCUAUCAGCGAUCGCGGGCACGGUUGCGUCACAGAUGACCAGCUGUCGAGCAUACUGGAGGACGCCAUUGAUCAUUUCCUGGUUGCUCUCGCAGACAAAGAUACACCUGUGCGGUUUGCGGCGAGCAAAGCGCUGAGCAUCAUCACCUUGAAGCUGGAACCUGACAUGGCAACUGAGGUCAUCGAAGCAGUCCUUGGCUCAUUGGGAGAGAAUAUACUCUUUGAGAAGGACGACGGUACUUUAAUCACACCUUAUGAGGCGCGACAAGUACGCACCCACACACUCAGACGGAACCUCAGUGCAGUGGAUGCCCAACGAUGGCAAGGACUCAUGCUCACUCUCUCCCAUUUGCUUUUCCGCCGUGCACCGCCGACCAGCCAACUCUCUGAUAUUCUUCAAUCCCUUUUCUCAGGUCUUGAUUUCGAGCAGCGCUCCUCUACUGGCAGCUCUGUGGGCACUGGUGUACGCGAUGCAGCCUGUUUCGGCAUCUGGGCCUUGUCUCGAAAAUACACGACUCCGGAGCUGCUAGCCUUGCAACCACAAACGAUCACCUCUCUAGAUGGACCUAGAGAGGUGAAUGUUUUGCAGAGGCUGGCUGUGGACCUUGUCUGUGCCGCCUGUGCUGACCCAUCUGGAAAUAUUCGGCGUGGUGCCUCAGCGGCUCUUCAGGAGCUGAUUGGCCGGCAUCCUGAUACCAUCGUCGAAGGAAUCCCUCUUGUUCAGGUUGUGGACUACCACGCGGUUGCCCGGCGUUCGCGUGCGAUGAUCGAUGUGGCUAAGGCGACAGUCUCUCUGGAUCAGACGUACUGGAGCCCGCUGUUGGAAACUUUGAUGAGCUGGAGGGGGAUUGGAUCGCCAGAUGCCGAGUCAAGGAGACAGGCUGCCAAGUCGAUCGGGAUUAUGAGCACACAAGAGAUGUUCAAGACCAUGCAUCUCGUGCUGGAGCGGCUGCAACGCAAACUUGCCAAGACUCCUCGAAGUGAUGUUGAAUUACGACACGGCUGUCUAUUGGCCAUUGCUGCCACAGUGGAUGGAUAUACCAAUCAAUGGAAUACGGAUCCAGAAACCAGGGAUGUUCAUGAGGCGAAGGAAGUCUCGGCCCAGGUGCUAAAGCUGUGGAAUAUCUUUGGGUCGCCCAUUGGUCCCACCGAUGAUGACCUGAAGCUUCAGAACACCCGGCCUGAAUUAACAGCAGAGGCAUCGUCAGUCUUGAUUUCUUCACUGUCUCGGUCUGUGAAUGAAACCGCCCGAGCAGCGCCCUCUCAAACACCUCUUGAUCGAGCCCUUCAAAUCCUCACACUUUGCGUCUCCCGAAGUGAUAACACAUCUAUUGAAGCGGCCUCGAGUGCAUUAUCACAGCUUUUUCCUUUGCUAUCUUCAUCAAAGCAGGACGAAACUGUGCAGGCAUGGUUUACUCUUUUGAAUACUACAUGGAAACUACCAACCGGUCGGGGCCAAAUCCUCGCCCUAGGUGCCGUUUUCAAGCAGUUUGAGGCUAAGCAGGAUCUUCAAGGCAAUAUUAUCACACAGCUAUUCCGAUCCACCGACAAAGAAGAGCUCAUUGAAAAACGUGUCGCUGCCGUGAAGUGUCUGGCCACUGAUAUUCUACCACAUAUGAAUGAUGUCACGGAUACUGUUGCAGACGGCUUCCUUGGGGCACUGAAUGAUUAUACCACCGAUCGUCGAGGAGAUAUUGGGUCAUUGAUCCGGGUUGAAGCAAUCCAGGCUGCCGGUACCCUCCUUAAGAGAGAGCCUAGAACAACACCAUAUUCCCCAUUGACCCAAAAAUUGGUUCGAUGCCUCUGUCGCCUGGCCAGCGAAAAGCUCGACAAGGUCAGACUACAAGCAUGGCUUUGUUUGCAGGACUUUUGGGAAUCGGCCUCGGACUUCCCUCCACUAAGCAGUAAAUUCGAACAUUUCAGCCAUGUGUCCUCGAAAGAGUACUUCCUCCAACUGCUCGGUCUACAACCGAUUGGCUGGCUGCGUGUUUCACUGCUGCAAGGGUUAGCAACAUCUGCUGUCGCCGGUUCUGAGGGCUUAGUUCGGGCUUGUCGGUCUGCGUUGGCUGAAUAUCUCGAGUCUUUCACUGCACCUCAACGUCAAGAGACCUUGAUGAUUUUUGUAAAAGACCUUUCGACCAUAUUGAGCGACAAUCUCCAAGAUGACCGCUACGCGCCUCCGACCAUCGAGUUCCUUGCGUUUUUGAUUGAUGGCUAUAUUAACGUCAUCCCAGAUGGCUCUGAUCCGAGUUUCCGAAAGCUAUUUGUCCUCGUACAGAAAGCACACCUCCGGACCUCGAAUCUAAUCCGCCUCGAAGCUGCAACAAAAAUGUACGCAGCGAUGUCCAGAAUUGAGAGUCUGCGGUCCGAUGUUUUGAAAAAACUGACGGGGAUGUUAUUGCAUCCUUUCCCGAGGGUUCGUGCAUCUGCUGCAGACUAUCUAUUUGUGGUGACCGAUUCUGAGAUGGUCAAGUAUGAGGACUGGUCGGCGCAGCCAAAGCAGUUGAUCGGUCAAGUUGAGGGUUUGCGGGCUGUUCUAGUCAAGUAG